UCUUACGAAGCCGGCGUUAAUCUUCAACCCUAUCAAUGACCAUAUCAGCACCAUCUGCUGCGCUUCCACCACCAUCGACAUCCUCCGGCCAUAUCUCUUUGUCACGAUGAUACGAGAUCACGAUUCGGCCUCGCCUUUCGCCGACUAUCAGAACACAUAUCUGCGCCGGAUAUCGCCUCCAGGUAGUCCAGCGGUAAACAAGUGUUGUUAUGAUCACAAGAAUCACUACCCAAAAGAACCUUCAUUCUUUUGCUGCUGUUACUCCUGCCCUGGGCCAAGGUCAACCUCCAUUUUAGCAACACUGGGAAUUUGCUGUUUGGUUUUAGCGUAUACGAUCAUCGGAGCAUUUACAUUCAUGGCUUUAGAAGGUGACCUUUAUCAAGACACAGCUGUUGCCGCGUCCAAAGCCAACCCUCAAAGUGACAACAACGCUAUCGGGGCGCUGAGGGCAGAGACUGUGAGUAGACUUUGGAGCAUAACUGAAGACUUGAAUAUUUUGUAUAAAGAAAACUGGACCAAGCUUGCAGCGGAGGAAGUGUUAGUGUUUCAGGACGCUCUGUUCAAAGCUCUGAGAAAUAGUGAUAGUGGUUACAGUGCUAACGUGGGGACUAUGUCGUACUAUCAGCAAAAUCUACACAAAUGGAGCUUUAGUUCGAGCUUCUUGUAUUCGCUGACGCUGAUUACUACAAUCGGUUAUGGUUCAGUAUCUCCCAGAACAUCAUGGGGUAAACUAGUAACUAUCAUCUAUGCAUUGAUAGGCAUCCCUUUAAUGUUACUCUACUUAUCCACCACCGGGGAUGUUCUUGCUAGAAGCUUUCGUCGAUUGUAUGGUAAACUAUGUGGCAGCAAGACAAACCCACAAAUUCCACAACAACAAAUACAACAAAGAUGUGCAUGCAGCAACACUGUACGAGUACCUGUAACGCUAUGUCUGGUGAUAGUUUUGGCCUAUAUAUGUUCCGGUGCGAUGCUGUUUCAUCGACUGGAGAACUGGUCGUUAUUAGAAGGAAGUUACUUCUGCUUUACCAGUUUAGGCACAAUAGGGUUUGGAGACCUACUUCCUGGUCAAAAAGCUGACGAGGUGUCCCUUUGCGCAUGCUCGGCUUACAUUUUGACUGGAAUGGCCCUAGUAGCUAUGUGUUUCAGUCUGGUCCAGGAUGAAGUAAUAGCGUUGUUAAGGUAUAUCGGAGCUUCGUGUUCGAAGAACACUCCUAAAAUUAAAAACGACGAAGAGGCUGUGACAUCGCUGCCUGGUUCUUGACAACGACCUACGACGGAGGGUGCGGCUCCGUCAAAAAUGGCAGGCAGAAGAUCACCGCCAGUCCUACAUCAUAACAGCCUACCUAGAAAAAGUAAUUUCCACAGAAACACGCCGGCGAGAAGAUCUGCUGCCGGUUAUGGAGCUGAACCACUGAUAGAAUACUUCGUGCCACGUAGCAUGAGCGAGUUUGACUUGUCCAUAGCAGCAGGGGAUUCCCCGCCAGUGCCAAACUUUCUUCCUUUAACAGUCAGAGCUCCCAGAAAAAUGAACAACGCCAACGCCAAACAAAAAGAGAAAAUGGUCACCUUUGAAGAUGAGAUGGCUUCCAGAUUAGGCAAGACUGCAGAUCUCCAAGACGUGUUCAUGUGACAAAAGGGAUAGCAAUUACUGAAAGACGUUAAGCUGUCGGAUUUAGGCAACCUUGACGCCGUCAAAAAAGAACUGAAAGCAUUUAAGAACUUCAAAUUGUGCGAAGACUUGAAAAAGUGCGAAGACAAUUGUUCGUGUAACACCGAGCAAGAUUGUGAUAUAUGUAAAGUGCUCGACUUCACACUAAAAAAGGACAAGUUAUAGUUGAGGGUGUUGCUGGAUAGCAGUGACGACAAUAGUGAUAAGCAAGAUAUAGACUUGGACAUUAGCCCAGGCAUUGAUGGGUAAACAAAUAUCUUGUAAAUAAUGAAGAAAUAAAUUCUUUGGCCUUGAAAAUAUUGUCUGAAUAAAUGUUUGUAUAUAUGAUAAAUAAAAUAGUACUAAUUUGAGAUAUGUUUGUCAUACAAUGAUAUUAAUAAUUUUUUGUAUAUGGAAUUUUAUAGAUAGAUAUAAAAUAAAAAUAUUGAAUUUGGACUAUUCUUAUUGUUUUUAAUAGAAUAGCAAAUACUAAAAUCUGUCGAAAUCUUUCCUGAUUCGCUGGGCAGACUUUACAAUAACUUUUUAUUUCUAUCAAAAAUAAACAAUACGGAAGUCCAAAACCAACUUUUUUAUCAACGGUACUUUUUGUAUUCUACUUUCUAAGAAAGAUAUACUUACAUAAUGUUUAUUACAUCAAAACGUUUGUUUUCCUAAUAAUUGUACUAUAUAUGUAUAUUUUAUUUAACAAAAAUUGAAAAAAAACAAACACAAAACUAAUCAGAUGGAAAUAGAGAUCUAAGGUCUAAAUUAAAGUUAGAAAUGGCACCUAUAACUUCACAAGCAACGUUUUCAAAAAUCUUUAUAUAAAAACAUUAGGACCGUUUAAAAUAUGAUUUACAAAAAAUAACUAACAAUACAAAUUCAUCAUAGUAGGCCAAGGAAGUAAAAAUAUUUAUAAAUAUGUUAUUGUUCACAACUAAAAGAAUGUUUUCAAUGAUCAUUUAAUACUACGUCAUCUAUUGUGGUACUCCCUCUUAGGACACUACUUGAAAAUCGGAUGACGUCAUUCCGGCAUUUCGUGCACGCUGUUUUUGGUAAUGGUCAUUUGCUUUGAAAUUAUAGUUUUGUAUACGUUAUAUCGACCAAUGUGAAAAUAAAAAUAUAGAUUACUCUGUCAAAUGAAUUCAACUUUUAUUCUUACUAAAAUGCCUCGUCUAUUUAGCGUGAACGAACAACCUCUCAUUGCAAAUAAAAAAAAUUAUUUAAUUUUUAUUUAAUCAAAAAACUGAACUCGCUCAAUAAUUUCGGAACGCACUUAAAAUUUUCUAACUACCUAAAACGCGUACAUAUUUUAUAAAUGAUGACAUACCAUUGGAUGAUUUUUGUAAGUCAAUAUUAAAUAAUUUAUACUUUGGUAUUUUUUAAAAAAGCAAGAAAAACAUUAAAACAUUAAUUAUUAUUAUUUUUAAUAAGCAUUAAAAAUUAUAGCAAAUGUUAAGUAAAAAUAAGCACCUUAUUUGUUUUAGCAAUAAAAAUAAGAAUGAAAAAAAAUAAACCUGCUUUCCAAUUUAUUUUGAUAACAAAUAUCAAAUUUAUUGCAAUGGGUUAUAGAAAAAAUACAAUCAUUCUCGCCGCGUAUUGCUUCUAAAGUAAACGAGUACCAGUAAAGACCUCGAAAACACAUAUUAUCUAAUAGUCCCCCAUACACCAGAAGAUUUAUCUUGCCGACUGGGCCUGAGACAUUUCCGCUUGUGGGCGGACCAAGUAUGUGGCAGACCAAAUCCGCAGACUUGAUCUGUGAGAUUAAGCAGUAUUUUGAACAACUAACUGUUAACUAUUUGAGACCCCCAAAACACGUAUUCUCUAAUAGUCCCCCAUACACCAGAAGAUUUAUCUUGCGGACUUGGCCUGAGACAUUUCCGCUUGUGGGCGGACCAAGUAUGUGGCAGACCAAAUCCGCAGACUUGAUCUGUGAGAUUAGAGCAGUAUUUUGAACAACUAUCUGUUAACCAUUUGUCAUGGUAUUUUUUUAUUUAGCUAACUUAUUUAAUAAUCGGAAUGUAAAUGAAUAAGUGUAAAAAAAUUCAGUAGUUGUAUGAAGAUUUCUGUGGAAAUCAUUAUAGAAGAAAAAAUCAGUAGGGUUGAUUAUGGUGCCCCAAACAUCAAAAGCAAUCAUUUCUUGAUUUCUACAGUUAUUCAUUUUACACCCUAUAAUUUAUUGAACAGUUGCCAAAAAGCAGCAUGACUAAUUUUAUUGUAAAUAGUGUAUAUAAAAAUAAAAUUAAUAACAAACUAUACAUAGUUUUUUU